CGCGCGCACACGCAAAAUCAUCCGUCGGCAAGCGUUCGGGGCGGGAGCAAAAUCGCGGCUUAGCCAAUUUCCAGUUCAACCCUCCCCAAAAGCAGACGGUCCUCGCGUGCGGUGUCCGUGUGUGUGUGUGCGGGUGUUUUGUGUGUUGUGCGCGAAUCUUUUCUACGGCCGUCGUUUCGAUGGGUGUCGUCGUCGGUGUACCUUUCUCGCAAUAGAAAGUUCCCGAAACAGCAAGCAAAAGGUGGUCGGCCGUACUAGGAAGUGAUCUGUGGGUGCAUUACAGCGUGUGUAAAGGUCGGAUCAGCAGCGUGGAGAAGAAAAAAACACAGGAAACCAUGCUCCAGUGGACCGGGACACCGCGGAACUGAACUGGAUGUGUGGUGCGCCUAUCGCUCGUUCCACGUGCUCGUGCGUCCAAACUGCCCCAAGCCCCAAGCCACGUGAACCGGCCUCUCGCAUUGCUGCAGAGUGAAGAAAGAGAGGGGAACGGGGGAGGUUCAAUUCGAUCCAGCUGGGAGGAAAUAAGCAUCAUGACCACCACCACGACCUACAAACCGAAGGUAAACCUCAGCGAAGAGCUGGGCGAACGGCAUGGCCGCGAGAUCGAGGAUGACUUCGGUGGCAAGGGCAUCGCGGUGGUCGUGCCGGAUCGGAACGCGAGCGCCGCCGCCAUUGAACUGCAGGCGGAGGCGGCCGCCCACCAGAUGAUCCUGGCGGCGGCAGGGUCCGCCGCCACCGUCUACCUAACCGAAACGUUCUACAUCAGCUCGAAGAAGAACACCGUGUUCGAGGUGCGGCUCACCGACAAGGGCCUCUGCCUGAAGAAGCAAUCGAACGGCGCGACGAAGGAGCAAACGAUCCCGCUGAAAGACAUCAUCGGCUGCCGGUGUUUGCGCAGCAAGCGCCGGUCGCGCGGCAGCUCCUCCUGUACCUGCGCGUCCAUCUCGAGCUCGAGCCAGCUGAAGGUGGUGGAGGAAAACUCGGGCGAGCAGGACGAAACGGACGUGAGCGCGUAUCUGUACAUCUACGCCUACAUCCUGAAGCGCAGCCGGCGGGGCGGGUUCCGCGAGCGCACCACCAUCACGCUGCGCUUCCGCUCGUUCGACCGGUACGAGGACAACAACCGGGAGGCGCAGAAGUGGCGCGCCUCGAUCAAGCAGCUGGUGGCGGGCGAGCCGGUCCAGAAGCCGGUGGCGUACCAGCCGCGCGACACGCGCAAAAUGCUCAUCAUACUGAACCCCAAGUCCGGCUCGGGAAAGGCGCGGGAGAUGUUUCAGCAGCGCGUGGCGCCCAUCUUUGCCGAGGCGGAGAUUCCGUACGAUCUGCACAUCACGAAGAAGAGCAACUGGGCGCGGGAGUUUGUGCGCGUGCGGGAUGUGUACCUGUGGCGCGGGAUCGUCGUCGUCGGCGGGGACGGUAUCUUCUUCGAGGUGCUGAACGGGCUGUUCGAGCGCGAGGAUUGGCAGACGGCGAUCGACGAGCUGCCGAUGGGGAUCAUCCCGUGCGGGUCCGGCAAUGGGUUGGCGAAAACCGUGUCCUUUCUUUAUGAAGAGCCUUUCGAAACGAAACCCGUACUGGCGUCAGCUUUAAUGGUAGUUAAGGGAAAACAUUCCAUGUUAGACGUAGUUAGAGUCGAAACUCGUUCCAAUAUCAUGUUCUCGUUCCUGUCGGUCGGCUGGGGUCUCAUCUCGGACAUUGAUAUCGAAAGCGAGCGGUUGCGUGCCAUCGGCGGGCAGCGGUUCACCGUCUGGUCCGUCCACCGGCUGAUCAGCCUGCGCACGUACCAGGGCAAGGUGUCCUACCUGCCCGCCCUCGUCAGCCCCGUCAGCGGGGCCGGCGGCGAAGGGCUGAACGGGGGAGGCGGUGGCAUCGGUACGCUGAAGCACAGCGUCAGCUACAACACCACGCUCAACUGUCGCGACUGCCGGGCGGGGCUGGGCGGACAGGAUGGUACGAACGGCAGCUGCGACGCCUGUGAUACAAACUUUAGCGACGUGCUGUCGCUCGAAACCGGCACCAAUCUGGACUCGUUCCGGCCGCGCAUCGACAGCUGGUACUCGGCGACGUCGCGCAAAAGCACCUACUUCUCCACGGUGGACAGUGUGUACGAGAGCGACAAGGCUUCGAACGACGAUCCGACGCAGUGCGGCCCCAACGGUGGCACGGCAUCGCACGUGCAGAUGUACGGACCACCGUCCCGGCUGCCGGCCCUGACGGCGGCCAUCCCGGACAGCUGGCAGACGAUUGCCGGGGAGUUUGUGAUGGUACACGCCGCCUACCAGACGCACCUCAGCACGGAGUGUUACUUUGCGCCCCAGUCGCGGCUGAACGAUGGUAUCAUUUGGUUGCUGAUCAUACGGGCGGGCGUUUCCCGGUCGCAGUUGCUUUCGUUUCUGCUGGGGUUGAGCAGUGGCACGCAUCUGCCGCUGCAGCCGAACGAAUACAUCCAGAUGGUGCCGGUGUCGGCGUUCCGGAUUGAGCCGGCCGGCACGAACGGUCACAUGACGGUCGAUGGGGAGAAGGUGGAGUGUGGCCCGAUCCAGGGGGAGGUGUUCCCCAGUCUGGGGAAGGUGAUGGUACCGAAGUAGGAAGGAAGGAUUGUUCCGAUGUUGGCGCCUGUUUUGUCUUUUUUCCGGAGGGAGUUUAGUUUUGUAAUCGUUUACAUUUGUUACCAGCCUGAGUGAGGAAAUGGCUUUGAGGGGAAAAACCGUUUCCGUUUCCGAUGAUAAUUGUAUUAUUUUUGUUAGUAUAUGUUUAGCUGAGAGACAGGGAUAGAGAGAGAGCGAGAGAAAGGAAGCGAAUAAGAUUACCAUUUGUUUGAAGCGUCUUACAAUACAGCUUAGAGUUGUAUGUGGAUUAGUUUUGCCAGUGUAAGGCAUCAGGAAAGUUGCAUUCCAAAACCAAGGGCAAGAAUAGAGGCAACACAUCAAUACACAUUCGUGCCAAAACGUGUGUUACGUUCGGUUGAGGUCGACCAAAAAAACCUUCCGUUUUCGUAUAAAAUCGUUAUUCGUGUACGGUGUUACCUUUUUUCCGGAUUUUUGUUCUGCACAACAAUUCCGUUUGUGACCUAUUUAUGUACGUGCUGCAGUCACAAGAUCAAUUAGUAAUGCGAACAAACUCAUAUCAGCAUCAGCAAGCAAGCAACUGGGGCGCGUGCCACGUUUACCGAACGAACGAAAGGACAGGGGAGGGGCUGUUGGUCCCGGGUGGCGAUUACGGAACGAUAAGCAAUGAACCAAUUCUUAGGAUGAUACGUGCGAUUAGGGUAAAUAAUGAAUAUAGAGGGGGUUUGAAGCCAGUCCCGAAGUGGUGGUGGUAGUUGAAGUAGUGUAGCAAACCAAACUAAGGAAGAAGAAGCCUAGUGCGGAGGAGGAGGGAAGGCGAGAAAGUAAACCAAAUGAACCAGUUGAUUGAUUCAUAGUAGACCAUUUUAAAAACGUACACUUAAGCCGCCGCGCCUCCCUCGCGUAAGAUACACGCAACGCAACAAUAGAUACUACUGCCCGGCCCUUUAGAAUGGCGAUAACGGGACGACGGUACCGGGCGCUUCAAACUGAACCAUUUCCCACGUAAAACACACGUUAGUAUGAUAGAGAGAUUAUUCGCCACCGGCGUAGCGCGCAUAGAUCGAACAACAAACAACCAAGCAAUUUACUACUAGUUCAUUGGGUGAAAGGAUUAUAUUAUGAUAAUGUUUACACAGCUCUACGGGGUGUAGACGGCCACAAAGGUGAGGGGGUGGGGGAGGGCAUUAUCUCCCCCUCUCCCACCCAUUCGUAAGUUAGUAAAGGAGAGUGUAGGUACGAUAGAUUUAGUACGAUUAACACCGUUUUUUUUUUUUCGAAGAGCGAAUAAGGUUGUUCCUGCACAUGUGGCUUACGCUAUAUCGAUGCGCAGGAGCCCGAUUACGGCGCGCACCAAGUGCAUACAGUGCAUAACAAACAAAAGAAAGAACGGACUAAACAAGAAGGUUGUGUAUGCCGCUAGGAAAAUGGAUUUCUAAUGUUUUCCGGUGGUAAAAUAAAACAAAUAACUAAAGCGUUGCACUAGACACAUUCCGCUGCCAAUAUUCCAACGUGCGGUUGCGCGCUUAAUUGUACAUAUAUUUCCACAUUACAACACACACAAAAACACCUCUAUCGUCGAUACACACACAUAUUUCUCUAUAACGAAAGCGAGCUCUACCGAUAGGAACCACUGCAGUAGUAGUAGUAGUAUUAGUAGUUGGUACACUGUACACGUCUCUUAAUAUACCUCUACAUCAAUGAUAUCAUAUGAAAAGAAAACUCUCUUGCAAUGCUGUGUAGGAUAGAUUGUGUUUAGAAAAGUGUUUUACUUUCCUUUUCUACGCUCUUCCCUUUUUCUGCUCCUCAUUCCUUUCCUACAAAAUUGCCUGUGCUGUAGUCAGGAACACCAACCAAAAGGGGAAAGGAGAGAUAGUACAGAUUUCAUACGGCGAACGCACAUAAGCAGACCGGAGUGUAGUGUAGUUCCGUAACCCGUAAGCGGUAGAAUCAAGAAGCAAGAGUAUUGUUAAACCUCGUUUACAAUGUAUUUCGUAGUCCUGUGGCGCCAACCACCACAUAAACAAUUAGACUAUAGAGACACAACACAAAAGAACCACACACACACACACUAACCCAGCCAACCGUCCAUGGAAGCAGUUAUUACCACACAAAACAAACGCAAGCAACAUAAGUUUAAGUGAAGAAGAAUAUGACUGUGAUUCGUUACGAUCAAAUGUGGGUUCAGUUGUUGUUGGUUGCUUGGUGUGUACCUACCACCCAGGAGUGGGAGCGGGGUGGUGGUGGAAAUGGCUGAUUGUUUUAGCAAAGCAUUGUUGUUGGUUUGUUUGUUUUUGGUUGUUGUUUUGUUAUAAAAUUUAAAAUAAAACAGACAAAUAAGAAGGCAAAUUUGCACGACCCUCGUGUGCACCAGCGGAGGGAGGACGGUCCCAUAUUAUAGCGCAGAGUUGGGGUGCUUUGUGUUGCUUGCUUUUUUGGGCUGUUGUUAUAUCGGAUCAUGUCCCGUGUGUGAGGAAGUCAGCAAAGAAAUUUAUUACCUAUUCAAUGAAAUAGAUGAUAAUCCAUUUGUAAUAUAAAUUGAUAAAGAAAAACAUUUAAA